CGCCGCCCGGCCGCUGUCCGUGCCCGCAGCCGCCUGGGCCCGGGUGCCAGCAUGGGCUGCCCGCAGCCCCUCGCCGCCCUGCUGCUCGCCCUGCUCUGCCUCUGUGCCCUGCUGCUCGGCGGCUCCUGCAACAAAGCAAACAAGCACAAACCCUGGAUUGAAGCUGAGUACCAGGGCAUUGUCAUGGAAAAUGAUAACACCGUCUUGCUCAACCCACCACUCUUUGCCCUGGACAAGGAUGCUCCGCUGCGCUAUGCAGGUGAGAUCUGUGGCUUUCGGAUCCAUGGGUCAGGGGUGCCGUUUGAAGCUGUGAUUCUAGACAAAGCCACAGGUGAGGGGUUAAUCCGAGCCAAGGAGCCAGUGGACUGUGAAGCACACAAGGAGCACACAUUCACCAUUCAAGCAUAUGACUGUGGAGAGGGACCUGAGGGGACCAACACCAAGAAAUCCCACAAGGCUACAGUCCACGUGCGGGUGAAUGAUGUGAAUGAAUUUGCUCCAGUCUUUGUGGAGAAGUUGUACCGUGUAGCAGUGACGGAGGGUAAACUGUAUGACCGCAUCCUGCGGGUGGAGGCCAUCGAUGGAGACUGCUCUCCGCAGUACAGCCAGAUCUGCUACUAUGAGAUCCUCACCCCUAACAUCCCUUUCCUGAUUGACAAUGAUGGGAACAUUGAGAACACAGAGAAGCUGCAGUACAGUGGAGAGCGCCUCUACAAAUUUACAGUGACAGCUUAUGACUGUGGCAAGAAACGGGCAUCUGAUGAUGCCGAAGUGGAAAUCCAAGUGAAGCCAACCUGCAAGCCCAGCUGGCAGGGCUGGAACAAGCGGAUUGAGUACACUCCAGGUGCAGGAAGCCUAGCACUGUUUCCCAGCAUUCACCUGGAGACCUGCGAUGAGCCACUGUGGAACAUCCAGGCCACAGUGGAGCUGCAGACCAACCACGUGGCCAAGGGCUGUGACCGUGACAACUACUCUGAGAAGUCACUGCGCAAACUCUGCGGUGCUGCCUCAGGGGAGAUUGACCUGCUCCCUGUGCCCAGCCCCACAGCCAACUGGACUGCACGACUCUCUGUUCAUUACAGCCAGGACAGCAGCCUCAUCUACUGGUUCAAUGGCAGCCAGGCAGCACAGGUGCCUAUGGUCAAUGGAGUGGGUGCCCACGAGGGGCUGAGUGACCAUUUUACGCUGUCAUUAUGGUUGAAACAUGCUGUGACACCUGGCAAAGGCAAGAAGGAAGAGGAGACGGUGAUCUGCAGUACAGUGCGGAGUGAGGAUGGCUACUCGCACUACUCCUUGGCUGUGCAUGGCUGUCGAAUUGCUUUCCUCUACUGGCCGCUGCUGGAGAGUUCAAGACCUGUCAAGUUCCUCUGGAAACUGGAGCAGGUUUGUGAUGAUGAAUGGCAUCAUUAUGCCCUCAACUUGGAGUUCCCAACAGUCACGCUCUAUGUUGAUGGUGUCUCCUAUGACCCUGCCCUCAUCCAUGACAAUGGCCUCAUCCAUCCUCCCAGGCAAGAGCCUUCACUCAUGAUUGGAGCCUGCUGGGCUGAGGAGAAAAACAGAGAGAAAAGCAGAGGAAAUGAGAACUCCACAGAUACUGUGCAAGGAGACCCUCUGCCGAUUCAUCACUACUUCCAUGGUUACUUGGCUGGCUUCACCGUGCGCCCCGGCAGCCUGGAAAGCCGGGAGGUGAUUGAGUGCCUCUAUGCUUGCCGUGAGGGGCUUGACUACAGUGACUUUGACAGCCUUGGCAAAGGGAUGAAGGUUCAUGUCAACCCUUCCCAGUCCCUGCUCACUCUAGAAGGUGAUGACGUGGAAACCUUCAACCAUGCCAUCCAGCAUGUGGCUUACAUGAACUCCUUGCGCUUUGCCACACCAGGAGUCCGCCCCCUCAAGCUCACCACCACAGUCAAGUGCUUCAGUGAGGAGUCCUGUGUGUCCAUCCCUGAUGUGGAAGGCUACGUUGUGGUGCUGCAGCCUGAUGCCCCCCAGAUCCUGCUAAGCGGCAAUGCCCACUUUGCUCGUCCUGCAUCAGACUUUGAGAGCCCUGAUGGAGUUGCCCUGUUCCCCAGCCUCCAGAUCACCUGCUCUGUCUCUCACCAGGUGGAAGCCAAGAAGGAUGAGAGCUGGCAUGGCACAGUGACCGACACACGCAUGUCAGAUGAGAUUGUGCACAACCUGGACGGCUGUGAGAUCUCACUGGUGGGAGACGACCUGGACCCAGAGAGGGAGUUCCUGCUUCUGGAUGGGUCCACCCUACAGCAGCGGGGUUUGGAUCUCAUCAACACUUCUGCCUACCUCACCAUUGCAGGUGUGGAGAGCAUUGCAGUGUAUGAGGAGAUCCUCCACCAGGUCUCAUAUCACAUUCGCCAUGGCGCUGCCCUCUAUGAAAGAAAAUUCCGCCUUUCCUGCACGGAGAUGAAUGGGCGCUACUCCAGCAAUGAGUUUACUGUUGAGGUGAAUGUCCUGCACAACAUGAACUGGGCUGCUCAUCCGAACCACAUCCUCAGCUCUCAGCAGCUCAUGCACCGAGGUCACCAUCUACCCCCAGAGCUAUCUGGGCACAGUUUGGCCAAUGUCCACCGCAACUCCAUGGUCCCCAGUGCUGCCACUAUCAUCAUUGUGGUGUGUGUGGGCUUCUUGGCACUCAUGGUAAUCCUGGGCAUCCUACGUAUCCACUCUCUGCAUCGCCGGGGGGUUGGACACGAGGCCCCAGGGGCCGCCACAGGGGGCCAGAUGGGAGCCAGCACCAAGGAAAGUGAUAUGUUCUGGGAUGACUCAUCCCUCACCAUCAUUGUCAACCCCAUGGAGUCAUACCAGAGCUGCCAGGAGAGGACAGCAGACAGCAGGGAGGCCAAAGUCAGCGAAGGAGCAAUGAAAGAUGAUGAUGAUGACGAGGACGACAGCAGCGAUUCAGAUACACCUGACACCCCAGGCACUGACGAUGCAGAUGACCGGCGCACCAUGGGCAAAAGAGACGUGCCCCACUGUUACUAGGGGCCCUGCAGUGGAGGGAGAAGGGGAGGAGGAUGCUAACCGGGUGGAUUCCCCCAACUUACAGCCUAGCGGGGAAGUGACAGCUUCUCUUGAGUCUUUCCCACUGUCCUUUUAACCUUGCCCUUAUGCAUAUUUUCUCCCGUUGUUUUUCAUCUCCCUGCCCUACUUUUCCCUCUUCCUUGGCCAUUUUCCCUGGGGGCACAGAGCCCAGCAAAAGGCACUUAGACCUUCCCACACUUGUGGCCCCCUCUUCCUGUGUGCCACUCCCCAGAAAGGCAGGCUGGGACAGGGGAACUCUGAGCCUGCACUUUGAUUCCAGGAAGGAACAGAGGGGAGAGAUGCACUAGGGAAGAGAUGCCCAAUAGAAGUGGCUGACUGAGCGGAAUCUGUCACAACCCCUGUGUAUUAUAUAUAUUGUAUAUUUUUUCAAUGUUGUUGUUCAAGGAUUAUUCUUGUUUGACGCACAACCCUCCCCGCUCUGCCAAAAAACACAAAAACCCAGCCCUCCCCAAACUCCCAAGCCAACCCUGCAGCUUGUGUCGCUUUGUAAAAUUGUCAAUAAACCUAAAACAAACAAGUGAAGGACAGAGGAGGGAAUGAAGCAGAUUUUAAAAUAAAAGGAUUUAAAAUAAAACAGCCAUGGCCUCUGGUUCUUCUUUGGGAGAGAGGAAGCAGAGAGGGUGCUUCAGGGUAGCUUAGUCUCUCACAGCCUGGCCUGCCAGGCAAAAGGACAUGAUUUUCAGUUCUUUCAAAUUAGCACAUUCCAGGGCUAUUUGCCUCCCUCAGCUGAGGUCACCCACUCAGUCAAAACAGGUCUUGAUUGUCAAGAAUCUGGCCCUGGUACAGAAAGCCUGGGGUGCUGGGAAAAGAUCAGUCUAAAACAGUUCAAAUACUUUAAAAUACAGUCAUUUUUCUGUAAGAAAAACCCUUUCUUUACACUCAGUGCAUUAAUUUUAAAAAAUCCUUAUCUCGACUCCCUGUAUUCGCUAUGAGUGGGUCAUUCACAGGCACAAGGAUCCCAGGUCACAGUUACUGGCCCUAGUGUCACCAUGCCUCUUGGGGGGAAUAGCAGAGAGGAUGCUGCAGGUCCUUCCCUCCCCAUGUUCCAGAACAGAUCCAAGCAAGACAAUGGACAAAGGAACACAAGCUGCCAGCAGUUUUCCCAGAGCAGGCUGUCCCCUUCUCAGCCCAAAGCCUCUCUUACUCCCCCCAUCGUCUCCUGCAGUAAUGAGGAAGGGGGUGCUGGGUUAACUGCUCAGCUGCUCAAUAGUUUUGUGGGGAGAGAAAAGGGAAUGGCCAUCUUUAAUCCUCUAGAGUUUAUGGAUGCUGCCUGCUGAUUACCUGAAUGGAGGACUGUGCCAUGGGAUGCAUAAUCUGUCAAUUAAACUUGAAGAGCUCCUUGAAAAUGGACAAUACAGAAUCUUAAGAGUCUACAGAGACCCCAGGGAUGGAAAAAGACCUCUGCCUGGUGCAGGAUUUCACUCAGAUUACAUUCCUCUCCCCAUCAUUUGCUACAUGUCCAGCCACACCCAUCAGGGCCAAGCAUUAGCCCCAAG